AAUGUCAGACUUUGACCUCGCUCCGUGCCGCACCGCUUACAGCAAUAAAUGAACAAGUGGUCGGCAAUGUCUUGGCUUGUAACAGUAUAUCAAGAAUUUUGAUAUCUGGGCUACCUCUCAAUCUCGAUCAUCGACAGGGGUUUUAAUGGGCACACCAAAGCUCUGGGCUGUUUUGACCAGGAUUAUCGUGGUUUCAACAUCAAAAACGCCUCCAGCAGUUCGCAACGGUCAAGCCUCAACGACACAAACUCUUGUCAACGUUUUCUCAUCUGCAAAACCGCCAUUUGCAACCCCGUUGCCGGUUUCAUUAUCUUGCCAGCCACUGUUGCAGAAAACCACAUUGUGGCGCCUGCACCCCUGGUUCACCACGUUGGAUCCUGGUCAUUUAAACAGGUGGCAGCCAGGGAAUACGUCGCUAUCUCAUCAUUUCAUGCAGGGGCAUGUGGUCCUUUGUAUCUGCGUUGUAGCUCUAAAAUGGUAAAGUCUGAAACCAAGAAGCAACUCAACUCUGCGUAAGAGAGCCGCUAUCUUCCGGAGGGUCCAGUUACAUCGUGAUGUUACUGUUGCAAUCGGCUUCUUGUCCAAAACCCGGGUUGCCGGGUCAUGUUUUUGUUAUGGGUGUCCUGAAACAGCGGCAGUUGGGGCUCUAUU